ACUUACUUUUUACUCUAUUUGCACCCCCUACUUUUUCAUCCAAACAACAAUUUACCCCUCCACUUACACCCUCCACCAAGUUGCACCCCCCAACAAUUUACCCCUCAACUUGUACCUCCUCGAACUUGCACCCCUUGUUGCCAAACAUAGUGUACAACGAAAGUGACAAAAAAACCCAAAAAAAAAAAAAACCCAACCCAUUUUGACUUCUGGUGCAACAAUAUGAACCUGGCCACUUAACCCGUCUAGGUUCAACUAACCAAACUCAGACCGGCCGUACCGUUUAGAUUCGCCUACACCCAUUGUUUUUACCUCUCUCCACCAUUAAUCCGUCCAGGUUCAUCUUCAAAACUUCAAUCAACCAACUAAAACAAAUCUUGUUCAAGUUCCCACACCCUCUUAAUUACCUUUCCCCCAAAGCAAAAUGCUGGCCAUGACCAUCCAUCAUCCAUUCCAUUCCAUUGCAUUCCAUUCAUGCAAGCCUGCCUAUUAUAUCGGUAACGAUAUAAUACGUAAACGUGUAUGGGUAUUGAAGUACUCGCCUUGCCCACUUGUGUCGAAACUCGGAAUCCAUUGUCAUUCCAAUAAUAAUAAUAAUAAUAAUAAUAAUAAUAAUAAUUAUUAUUAUUAUUAUUAUCUGGAACAGGUGGCGUACUAUUACGUGUUGCGCUGAAUUCGGUUUUCCACUUUUUUGUUUCUCUUCUCUUGCCUUCUUUUUAUAUAAACUGCCAUUCUCCCCCUUUCUUUACACCCUGCCCCCGUCCUUCGAAGCGAGCAGAGAGCCAGAAAAGAAGCAAACUCCGAGCGAGGGAGAGAUUGGAGAGGGGGAAGCCCGCAGAUUUGUCUUCGAAUCUGCGAUUCUCGAAUUCCAAUCUGCAAAACCUAAACCCCAUCGUCCCUUCUUCUUCUCUCUCUCUGCACCCCGGCCGAAACAAAUUUGCUUCGAUCGUCGGAGGCCGUGGUUUUUGCAUUUCCCGUUUCCGAGAUCCGGUUUGCUAGCUGAUCUUCCGGCGAGUUCCGCGGCGGCGUUUCUUUUCUCGGUUCCUGUAAGAUCUCAUUCCCCUUUACUGAUUUGAUUGAUUCCCCCUUUCCACUGAUCAAUGCCGGAGCUGUUUUAGAUUCGCCUUGUUUGCAGAAGUGAAAAAGGGUUUCCAGAUCACCGAAUUCAUUGCAGAUUCGUUUUUUUUUUUUUUGUUCGUUCAUAUUUUUUGUUUGUUUUGAGCUUGGUGUGGUGAUAAAUGAUAAUAAUGUUCUCGCGGUGGGUCGAGUGACGGAGCAGUAUUUGGUUUCCUAGCUGUUCAGCUGCUCUGUUAGGGUUUCAUUGCUGCUGUUGUUGAUUAGUCUAUGAAUUGACUGUUGAACUUUGCAUUCUUCAUUCUGGUAUAGAGUGUCUGAAGGAAGAUGGUGUUCUGGGUCUUCGGCUAUGGCUCGCUGGUGUGGAACCCUGGUUUCGAAUACGAUGAGAAAAUCAUAGGCUACAUCAAAGACUACAGGCGCGUGUUUGAUCUCGCUUGCAUUGACCAUAGAGGGACACCCGAGCAUCCUGCGAGGACUUGCACAUUAGAGGAUGCUGAAGGAGCAAUUUGCUGGGGUGCUGUUUAUUGCGUUCGCGGCGGUCCAGAAAAGGAAAGAUUGGCUAUGGAGUACUUGGAGAGAAGAGAAUGCGAAUAUGAUAAAAAGACCCUUGUAGACUUCUACAAGGAGGAUGAUCCCUCUCAACCUGCUAUAACUGAUGUUAUAGUUUUUACUUCCACUCCAGACAAAGUAUCAAACAAGUACUACCUUGGCCCUGCUCCUUUGGAGGAAAUGGCUUUGCAAAUCGCAACCGCGUUCGGCCCGUGUGGGAAUAACAGAGACUAUCUCUUUCUGCUUGAGAAGGCAAUGUCCGAUAUAGGUCAUGAAGAGGACAUGGUGAUCGAGUUGGCAAAUGAAGUGAGAAAGGUUCUCGGAAAUGGGGCUUCCAUAGACGGGAAACCAGUAAAACCAUCUCGAAAGGCAGCCACCACCGAGGAAGACAACCGGAGGUCGGUGGUAACCGAUGGGAAGCUACAAAAGAAGGCAGCCUCAGAGAAGAAGAUGCCAAGUCUUCUAUUGGCUUUCUUUUCCAACCACAUCACCAUUGCGGUGUUGUUUGUAGCAGUCUAUAGCUUGACGAUGCCUCUUUCUUGACCACCAUCUGCCAAGCCGGAAACUUGGCUUAGAGAGACAGAGUACUAACCUACUUUGAGAUAAUUGUGUUGUAGUAACAAAUGUUAUGGAUUCGCAGGUGGCCUUUCGCAGUUGACACGAACUUUUGAUGUAUUCGCCAUUGACAGUAUGUGACAUGAAUUUGUUGCACCAGAAAAGUUGGAAAGAAAAAAUUCUUGCAAGU